AAUAAUGACUUUCAGAAGCCGGAAAAGCUGGAUAAAAUCGUUCCCAUACACUGAAAGCGCACAACCACGUCGCUGCUGACGUUUCUCAAGGGUGACACAGGACACUCGGGCCGCGCCCUACCAAAGCCAACCCUCAGCCUGCAGAGGGCGGCACCUUCUGCGCUGCCCUGCGCGGUGAAGAAAAAAGCAUGCCUACUCACACUCCCAAAAUGGCGCCGUCGGCACCUGACUGACAGCGUCCUGAGCAAGCCCGGCCCCUUCUGCUGCCUCUCACGGAACGCUCCCUUCUGCUUGAGUGGCAGAGAAGUAGUCUAUGAGCGUGUCAAGGGGGCGGGAGCAGAUCCGGCUGCUAGCCAAUCAGGCGCUGCGAUGCGGCGCGGAGGGCGCGGGUUGGCGUUUCCACGGGGAAGGCAGCGCGGCGCGGUCCGGCCGUGGCGGUAGUAUGAGCCUGUCCGUGAGGAAUGAGCUUUCAGUAGACAAAACUAAAAAGAAGAAGAGAAGAGAACUGACUGAGGAACAGAAACAAGAAAUUAAAGAUGCUUUUGAAUUGUUUGAUACAGACAAAGAUAAAGCAAUAAAUUACCAUGAAUUGAAGGUGGCAAUGAGAGCCUUGGGUUUUGAUGUGAAAAAAGCUGAUGUACUGAAAAUACUUAAAGAUUAUGAUCGAGAAGCAACAGGCAAGAUCACCUUUGAAGAUUUUAAUGAAGUUGUGACAGACUGGAUAUUGGACAGAGAUCCACAAGAAGAAAUACUCAAGGCGUUCAAGUUGUUUGAUGAUGAUGACUCUGGUAAAAUAAGCCUGAGAAACCUGCGUCGGGUUGCUAGAGAACUGGGUGAAAAUAUAUCUGAUGAAGAACUGCGGGCUAUGAUUGAAGAAUUUGAUAAGGAUGGAGAUGGAGAAAUCAAUCAAGAGGAGUUCAUUGCUAUUAUGACUGGAGAUAUUUAACAUUGGAAGAGAAGAAAUGAAUUUAUCACAAAAGGGAAACAUUGUUGGCAUCUGCCAUUAGAGUAUUUUGUAGUUUGUUUCUGUUCACGGAGUCAAGUAGAAAAUUAUUUUCCUCAGAGGUCCAAAAUAAACACAAGUCUUAUAUACUGCUGCUUUGGAACUUUAUGUCAUUAAAUCUCAUCACUAGAGUAAGUGAUCAUGUUAAUACAAGUAAUACUACAUUUCAGAGUAUUUUAGUGCUCAUUUGUAAAAUAGCUUUGUAUAAUAUUUCUAAAUUAAAUCCUAUUAUAAGAACCUUUUGAAGUUGGCUUUAUGUUAGCACUGACUGCGGCCUUAGUUUUGAUACAUGAAGUUUGACAGGUUUCCAUUUUAAUAAAAUGCUCUUUACUAUUGCUACUGAAAACUCUUGGUUUUUU